AUGUGUAUGCGUAAACUUAUUUUCACGCCUCACUUUUUUUCAAUCCCACUCUCACGACUUCACGAGAAAACACCCUCGCCGGCCUUUCCUACACCUCCACUUCCGCCGGCGACAACUCACGUCUCCGCCGGCGACUACUCCACAGGGAAAGAAGGAGAUAUCAUAAGUUCAAUAAUGUUUGGAAUUCAACUUUCUCAAUUAGUAUCCCCUGCUAGUUUACUUACAGCUUCUUCGAGUUCUCGCUCUAGAAGCAGACUGGUUGUUAAAAUGGCAGCAACUACAACUAUUAACCAUGGAAAAUCGAUUCAGUCUGCUAUGGUGAAGCCUCCUGUGCACCCUACUUAUGAUUUGAAAGGCGUCAUUAAGCUAGCACUUUCUGAAGAUGCUGGAGAUAAAGGGGAUGUAACUUGUUUGGCCACGAUUCCAACUGAGAUGGAAGUUGAAGCUUAUUUUCUAGCCAAAGAUGAUGGAAUUAUUGCAGGAAUUUCACUUGCUGAAAUGAUAUUUAACGAAGUGGAUCCCACAUUAAAGGUGGAAUGGUAUAAAAAAGAUGGAGAUAGUGUUUUUAAAGGACUGAAAUUCGGCAAAGUUUAUGGAAGAGCAUACAGUAUUGUGUUAGCCGAAAGAGUUGCGCUAAAUUUUAUGCAAAGAAUGAGUGGCAUAGCCACACUCACAAAGGCGAUGGCAGAAGCUGCAAACCCUGCGUGCAUAUUGGAAACAAGAAAAACUGCACCAGCAUUGCGUUUGGUGGAUAAGUGGGCGGUGUUGAUAGGUGGAGGGAAGAAUCACAGAAUGGGUUUAUUUGAUAUGGUGAUGAUAAAAGACAAUCAUAUCUCCAUAUCUGGAAGUGUCUCAAAUGCCCUUAAAUCCGUUGACCUUUAUUUGACCAACAACAAUCUUCAAAUGGGCGUUGAGGUGGAGACAAGGACAUUUGAGGAAAUACAUGAGGUGUUACGUUAUGCUGAUGAAAAUAAAACAUUUUUGAGUAGAAUAAUGUUGGAUAAUAUGGUUGUUCCUCAAGGUGAUGGAGAUGUUGACGUGUCAAUGCUUAAAGAAGCUGUGGGAAUAAUUAAUGGGAGGUUUGAAACUGAGGCUUCUGGAAAUGUUACAUUGGAAACUGUACACAAGAUUGGGCAAACGGGGGUGACAUAUAUAUCAAGUGGAGCGUUGACACACUCGGUGAAAGCACUUGAUAUAUCUCUGAAAAUCGAUACAGAGUUGGCACUUGAAGUUGGAAGACGCACAAAACGAGCUUAGUUGUGUAUCAUUAUAUGAUACAAAAAAAUUUGAUUUUGAGUGUAAUAAUGAUUUAUGUGGAUUUUUUUGGAUUGUUUGGUUUUGGAGAUGUUAAUAAUAUGAAACAUGAAACAUGUUGUUGAGUUUUUUAGUGCGCUAAUUUAUAGU